AUGACAACUCGAUUCCCGACCAUUUCUUCCAAAACAUCCACCAGGAUCCUCCUCCCAAUUUGGCCUACUGAGGUCAGCUACGCGUCGCCUACCCUCACCUCAGCCCCGACCACGCCCGAUGACCUACCGAACUCAACCCGCCACAGAAGGACCAACCGAUCCUCUUCCAUGCAUGGCUGCAACACGGAUACUGAUAGUUUCGAGGAGGAAGACCUCUGCGCCGGCGGCCCUUCGCUUUGUCUACCCCCAUGCUACAACGUAUACCUGCCCCCAAGCCAUCCUCUUCACACGAAACUCUACUGCUCCACCACCUACCAGGACAUAAUAACAGAGCUCGGACGCGAGAACGGGGUGGUAAUCAGUGACGUCUCGUUCGUACAGAGAAAGUCCCUCUAUUCCACAGAUUCCGACAGCCCAUCACCCCUGACGGGCUUACUUACUGUCCAUCGAGACGAUCCAAAGGAGAGGGGAUGGGCAGAUUUUGCGCGAAAGAUAUGGAGGUCCUUGAAGGGGUGCCCCGAGUUAGACCUUGGCCUGGACCGAGGACGGAUCUCCGUGGAAAUUGUCGAUGAGCGCUUUGAUUGGGAAUACCCUUCCGUAUUCCCCUGCCAAGCAACAGACGAUAUCUUACCCAUGUGGGAAGAUGUAUGCGCUCGUUCCCUGGACAAGAUCAACGACCUGAGCGGGAUAAAAGCCAUCGGAUGUCAUCGAAUCGGCAACGAGCCAAAAGCCGAGUCUUGCUCGCCGCAUAUCCUGGUUUCUGUAUCCUGGGAGUGCAAUCGCAACUGGGAUGAUGUCAGAGAUACCAUAAUAGACGUACUGACGUGGUUUGGCUUGCAGAGCGUCGGAGUCAUCAUCCGGAAAGACCUCCCGGUCCCUGGCCACGGUCGCCUUGAACCCACGGCAGGGACUUUGCAAGUUGAGGGGUGUACCUCAACGGCUCGGAUCGGGGACAGCAUCGGGCUGCAUGGGUCAAGCGACUACUGCUAUGGAACGUUGGGGGGCUUUCUUGAGCUCAAAGACCCGCGUUCAGGACAAUGGAGCGAGCAUGGUAUCACUUGCUUCCACUGUGUCGUCCCGAGUCGGGUUGAUUCGAAAAGCUCCCAGUCGAAGCGCCGCUGUUUAUCACCUGGUCAGUCUAAUGAUGGCGAUUCCUGGCGCUUGGAGGUUGACAGCCCGACCAGCCGCGAUGUCCAGCAGGGGAUCAACGAGCUCAGCAAACAGAUUGCCCAACUCAAGGCUCACUCCUACGACCCUAAUCUGGAGUCCGGGAGUGAUGCCGACUUCCGGAUAUGCGAGGCGCUGAGCAGGCAGAUACGUACCCUUGGGAAAAUGCGCGCUGAGAUGACGGACUAUUUCGAAAACCGACAAAACCUGCUCGGCACUGUGUUCGCCGCCCCUGAGUUCCGGCAUAACGUUCCUGCUCGAAAUGGCCUGGGAACCGCAAUGGACUGGGCGCUCAUUCAGCCAUCGCUUGGUCGAGCUUGUGGAGAGAAGGAUUUUAUCUCGCGCUCCAAAAUCCUAGGCGACGAGUGCUUGGAUUUCAUUCCUCGGCAUCGCAACAUCGACCGCGGGACGAGACUUGACAAGAUCGGACGCGCAACGGGCGAGACCUGGGGUUUGUAUAACGGACUGCGGACGGCAAGGAUAACUCGGUGCCAGAACGAUGACGAUCGGGUAGAAACGGUCACCAUGGAGCACACGGUCGUCUAUAACAGGGAAGGCAGGGAAAGGUCUUAUGCGAAAGGAGAUGACGGUGCCUUGGUCUUUUCAUACCAAGGCUUGGUGGUGGGUAUGCUCGUCGGCGGUGAAAGUAACGGGGAUAUUGCGUACUUUUCGCAUAUCCAGGAAAUCCUGCACGGUAUCAAGGAGGUUACGGGGGUGGAGGCGGUUAGGUUGAAAUAG